AUGUUUGGUACCUGCGCCUUUCGGAGACGUCAACAUCCGGAGUCCCCCGACCCGCGGCCCCGGAAGGAAGUGACUUGCCCCCUCUCCGCUCCCCGGGCCCAGGAGGGGGGGCACAAGGGUGCUGGGCCACAGGCCGCCCGUCCGGACGCCGCCUCGGGCGCCACUUACCCGGCCCGCCCGGCCGACUCUCCCCAUGGGCCGCGGCGGCGCACCGGGGCCGAGGCGCCGCGGAGAGGGCGGGCUGGGCGUACUCAGCGUAAGCCCGCGACCGCAAGACCUGAACCGGCGCCAACCCCUACGCCGAGUCCGCAGGGCGCGCGGCGGCGCGGGGUCAGGGAGCGCGUGCGGCCGGGAGAGAGGCACGCCUGCGUCUGCGCCGCGGGCCGCUUUGCCGCGGCGACCCCUGCCGGCGGGAGGACCGCACUGCACCUCCCCUCCUCCGGCGUCCUUCUCUCCCGCCAUGAGGGGUCGCAGUGGCCCGAGUUUGUGAAAUUUCAGACUCGGGAGAGCCUAGCAGUGACCCCAGAUGACCUCUGUGAUGAUGACCCGCCAAACCUCAAGCACGCCACAUACAAAGCUCUCGAAUACAAGACGGGCACAAUGUUAAACUGCAGAUGUGAGAGAGGCUUCCGCAGACUAAGCAACUUCAUGCGUUGUGCAGGAAACUCUAGCCACGCUUCCUGGGAAAACAAAUGCCAGUGCAUAAGUACAUCCUCCAAGAGCACAGAAGGACAAGUUACUCCUAAACCCAAAGAACAGGAAAUGCAGAGCCAAACGCCGCCCAUGGACCAAGGUAACCUUCCAGGUCACUGCAGGGAGCCUCCUUCCUGGGAGCAUGAAGAUUCAAAGAGAAUCUACCACUUUGUGGUGGGGCAGACGGUUCGCUACCAGUGCGCGCAGGGAUUCAGGGCCCUGCGGAGAGGUUCUGCCGAGAGCGUCUGCAAAACCAUCUCAGGGAAGACCCAGUGGACACAGCCCCAGGUCAAGUGCAUAAGUGAAAGGAAUAACGAUGACGAAGAAGAGCCUCAAGCAAGCACCCAUGCUCCUCCUGGGAGAGACACUUCCUGUCCCUUGGUAACAACAAGUGCUACAGAUUUCCACAAGCACACAGAAGUGGCUACCACCAUGGAGUCAUUCAUAUUCACAACCGAGUAUCAGAUAGCAGUGGCCGGCUGCAUUGUCCUGCUCAUCAGCGUCCUCCUUCUGAGCGGGCUCACCUGGCGGCGGAGAUGGAGGAAGCGUAGAAGAACAAUCUAG